CCUUUGGACUUAUGCAGUCUAUAUAUUUUCACUCUCUCGAGUUCUUUCCUUUCAAUGGCGUAACCACAGAAGUCUUCCGUUUUCUUUCUUGCUUUAUUUCUAUCCAGUACCCAAACUCAACUCAAGCACAGUUGUUUAAAUUUUCGAUAUCACCCGCCCCUACUGAAAACAUCUGAAGAUGGUGAUUCUGAUACUGAUAAGGAUAUUUGUAGUUUCAACAAUUUUGACUAAAAUAAUAAGAUUCAUUUGGGCUUUAAUUGUCGCCCGGUUUGACAGAAAGAAGGCCGUAGGGUUCUUUCACCCUUACACCAACGACGGCGGAGGUGGAGAAAGAGUUCUGUGGUGUGCAGUUAAAGCUAUUCAAGAAGAACGCCCUGAUCUUGAUUGUGUUAUCUACACCGGCGAUCAUGAUGCUUCUCCUGACAGCCUCAUCCUCCGCGCCGUCGAUCGGUUUGGUGUUAAGUUGCUUUCUCCUCCCAAGGUCGUGCACUUACAAGAAAGGAAAUGGAUCGAAGAAACAACAUAUCCUCGCUUCACCAUGAUUGGUCAAAGUUUUGGUUCAAUCUACCUUUCAUACGAAGCCUUGACCAAAUUUGUUCCAUUAUACUAUUUGGAUACAAGUGGAUAUGCCUUUACCUAUCCACUCGCCCGACUUUUUGGUUGCAAAGUCAUCUGCUACACACAUUACCCAACAAUCAGCUUAGAUAUGCUUUCUCGUGUUCAUUCAAGGAGUUCCAUGUAUAAUAAUGACACCGUUGUUGCUAAAAGUGUACUGCUAUCACAGUUGAAAGUUGUAUAUUACAAAGUUUUUAGCUGGAUGUAUGGCUUUGUUGGUUCUUGUGCAAAUCUUGCAAUGGUAAACUCUUCAUGGACACAAUCGCAUAUUGAAAAGCUUUGGAGAAUUCCAAAUCGUACUAAACGAGUUUAUCCUCCUUGUGAUACAACUGGAUUGCAGGAACUUCCACUGGAAAGAGAAACAACACCACCUAAAAUCAUUUCAGUGGCUCAAUUUCGACCAGAGAAGGCACAUGCUGUUCAGCUUCAGGCUUUUGCACUUUGCAUCAAGAAACUGAAUGUGGAGACUCCUAGACCUAAACUCCAGGUUGUUGGUAGCUGUAGAAACGAUGCUGAUGAAACAAGAUUGCAGAAUUUGAAAGAUUUAGCUAUUGAACUCAUGAUAGAAGAGGAUGUAGAAUUCCAUAAGAACGUGUCCUACAGGGAGUUAGUAAGGCUAUUGGGUGGUGCAACUGCAGGGAUUCAUUCAAUGAUUGAUGAACAUUUUGGCAUUAGUGUUGUAGAGUACAUGGCUGCAGGAGCCAUUCCCAUUGCUCAUAAUUCAGCUGGCCCAAAGAUGGACAUUGUGUUACCUGAAGAAGAGAAGCAAACGGGGUUUCUUGCUGAGACUGUGGAAGAAUAUGCAGAUGCGAUUUUGGAGAUUUUAAGGAUGUCUGAAUCUGAAAAACAUGGCAUGGCUGCAGCUGCCAGAAGACGAGCUGGCAGCUUCUCAGAGCAGAGAUUUUAUCGUGAUUUUAAAGCUGCAAUUAGACCCAUUCUAAACCAAUGAGCUUCUUUCUAAGGAGAGAUGAAACAUAUAAAAACUAACAUACAACAUCAGGAUUUCCCUUUACUCGGAGUUUUGUUUGAUUUGAUCUGAUUUUGUUUCUUUUAUUUUUGUUAAAACAAAUGGAAGUUGGAUGCUGUUGUGGGAAAAUAUCCAAGUGCCAUGUCUUAUGUCUAUAUCAGUAAAAAGACAAAGUAUGUUGCUAGUUGCUGAAAUAGAAUAGUUUUGUCAAAUACAUAUUCUAGAGUCAACGUAAGAUAAUUGAUUGCUUUUGAAGCGAAUUAAUUUAUAGAUGGAAAAUUAAUACUUUUAUGAAUUUUCUAAAUUUAAUUAUUUUAAUCUUAAAGAAAAAAAAAACGUGAAUACAAACCCGAUGUUUUAUACUUUUUAUUACCUUGUUACCACAGGUGCUUCAUUUACAAGUGAAUGAUUUAUGGUGAAACACUUUUAUAAUAUUCUAUCAUUUUUAAAGAUAUGUAAGGUGUGAUCAUUUUGCAUACAAUCCUGUGGAUUUGUAGGUGGGAGACUAGUAUGGUACCAACACUUCUGAGACAGUGAUAUCCAUCACGGCGAAAGGUGAAAGGUGUUUGCGUUGGCAUUCUAGAACACCCUAAUUGCACUUUCGAUACAUAGAUGAUGGUCGAUGGUUCACAUUUUACCUUAUGAUAAUUGGAGCAUUUGUUUAUUUAGACAUGUUUUGUGUUGCUUUUCAGACAAAUAUUGCUUCUAACCGUCACUUCUUAUGGUGUGUAGAGAACCCUUAGGUAGUGUUUGGUGCAUGAGACUGGAGAACGACAGACUUUCAAAUGAUGUUUGGCAUUGAUGGAACAAGAACAAAAGUAGUUGUUGACCAAGUCAAAUGGGACUAUUUUAUUAAAUUUUAAUCCCACCAAAAAAGGUUGAACAAAGUGGACUAUUCUACAAUCGCCUUUUAUUUUUGUUUAUUUCUUAUGUUUUUCAUUGUUUUUCCAAGUGACUUCAAGUUGCAGAGAAUAAUUCAUUAAUAGCAAUGAAUACAACAUCAAUUUCAUUGAUGCUUCCUAUGUCCUUAAAUUUUAUUAUUUUAAUCUUAUUUCUUUUUUGAGAUUAUAGAUUAUUAUCUUCGAC